GCUAGGCGGGGGCCGCCCGCGCGCGGGGUGUGUGAGGACGCGCUCCCGGGUCGCGGAGUGCUUUGAGCCCAGGAGCGGUGACUGUGGUACCUGCUGCUGCCACCCGUGCGGACGCAGAGCAUCGGACGCGAGCGCUGUCGCUUGGGGCUGGAAGGUGAAGCUAUGACGGCCAUCAGUGAAAAUAUUCUCUUUGGAAUGGGAAAUCCUCUUCUUGACAUCACUGCUGUAGUGGAUAAGGAUUUCCUUGAUAAGUAUUCUCUUAAACCUAAUGACCAGAUUUUGGCUGAAGAGAAACAUAAGGAACUGUUUGAUGAACUUGUAAAAAAAUUCAAAGUUGAAUAUCAUGCUGGUGGCUCUACCCAGAAUUCAAUUAAAGUGGCCCAGUGGAUGAUUCAGCAGCCACACAAAGCAGCAACAUUUUUUGGAUGCAUUGGGAUAGAUAAAUUUGGGGAGAUCCUGAAGGAAAAAGCUGCUGAAGCCCAUGUGGAUGCUCACUACUAUGAACAGAAUGAGCAGCCAACAGGAACUUGUGCUGCGUGCAUCACCGGUGACAACAGAUCACUUGUAGCUAAUCUUGCUGCUGCCAACUGUUACAAAAAGGAAAAACAUCUUGAUAUGGAGAAAAACUGGAUAUUGGUAGACAAAGCAAGAGUUUAUUAUAUAGCAGGUUUUUUCCUCACAGUUUCUCCAGAGUCGAUUUUAAAAGUGGCUCACCAUGCUUCUGAAAACAACAGAAUUUUCACUUUGAAUCUGUCUGCACCAUUUAUUAGUCAGUUCUACAAGGAAUCAUUGAUGAAAGUUAUGCCUUUUGUUGACAUACUUUUUGGAAACGAGAUGGAAGCUGCCACUUUUGCCAGAGAGCAAGGCUUUGAGACUGAAGACAUUAAAGAAAUAGCGAGAAAGGCACAGGCUCUGCCAAAAGUCAACUCAAAGAGGCAGCGCAUUGUGAUUUUCACCCAAGGGAGAGAGGACACCAUAGUGGCUACAGAAAGUGAAGUCACCGCUUUUGCUGUCUUGGAUCAAGACCAGAAAGAAAUUGUUGAUACCAAUGGAGCUGGAGAUGCAUUUGUUGGAGGUUUUCUGUCCCAGCUGGUCUCUGACAAGCCCCUCACUGAAUGCAUCCGUGCCGGCCACUAUGCUGCCAGCGUCAUAAUUAGGAGGACUGGCUGCACCUUUCCCGAGAAGCCCAACUUCCACUGAUGGAAAAGCAUGAGGCUGCAUCCCAGGAGUACAGACACUGCCCUGAUUGCUUCCCGAGAAUUCCCACAUUCAUGAAGAAGAAAAUUAAAUGCCACCUUUCCUACUAUAGUAAUGUUGAUUCUUAAUUUAGGGGGUACAGUAAUGCACAAUAGAAUCUUUGUUCUCUCAACAACCUAAAGUAGGAGGUUUAUUUCCAUAGUCUGAUAGUGCCAGGUAAAUGUCAAUUAAACAGGAAUAUAGUAUUUCAAUUGAAAUUUUUGUUUCAUUUUCCAUUACAUUGUAAAUUCAUGUGUACUAAGCAAAGUGAUCAUUUUUUUACAUUUCUGCUUUGAAUGCAGAUGCAAUUUAAUACAAUAGAUUUUUUAAAAGGAAUUAAAGAUAAUACAUAAAUCUUUAGCUUUUAUACAAAUAUAUUUAAUUCAGAAGUGUGUUUAUACACAUAUACACACACAUGUGUUCAUACAUGUACCACAUAUAUACAUGACAAAUGGUUAAAUAAGGUAGAGAAAUAUCUUUCCAAGUUAUGCCAAGUAAUUUCAUCAGUGUGUACUCAAACAUGUAAUAAAUUUUGGAUAAUUAAUUUGCCAAAUUAUAAGCUAUAUUACAAUAUUCAAGUCAUAAUCUUAUAUUUACUUAUGGUACUCUGUAUUUGAUACAAAUAAAAACUUAUCAUAAAGGCC